AGUUUCUGCAAGCAAUGCAGUCUGCAGAGCGCACGAGGGUGUUUUCAACAAGCCUUUUAGUUCGAAGGUCGCGCACCGAAACCCUUCAGAAGGAAGCAGAUCGACAUGUGGUCGCGCCAAUGGCGAGGACCAAGCAGACGGCCAGGAAGUGCAGUGGUGGCGGAAGCAGGUUCCGAAGAUCGCCACCUCCCCUUGUGGCCAGUGACUCACGUCCAACGGGCAAGGCGUACUUAGAAGUGCUCAGGCAGCUCGAGCAGUCUCAGAGUCCCGUGUCCUCCGAGCACGUGACUGGUGUGGUUGCUGGAGUGAUCGAGCAGAGCGUUUCGGACGCCCGCACCGCUCUGCCUGAUCUGGGCCCCGACCUCCUCCAGCGCAUCUUUGCAAAAGUGGGGCCGCAUCCAAAGGACUUGGUUCCCCUUGGAGCCGUAAGCAAGGAGUGGCGUCAGGUUCUGAAUGAAAGCACGUGGAAGGAGCUGUGCUUGGAGCAUGCGGGGGGUUUGAUCGAGGAGCUCGGGUAUAGCAACAAGGCGGACGGGCCCCUGGGAGGAUGGGCUGGGUUAUACAAAGUCUUAGUGUAUUGUCCAGGGUGUCACCUCCCAACAUUUGAGCCUGUACUGCAAGCGGAAGCUUUGCGUGAGGACUACAACUGGACGCAUGGCCGGGGCCAUGUGGAAGCAGCUCCAAAGGGGUUUUGCAAGGGAAAGGAAGCGAAAGAGGCUCUGUAUCUAGCAACCUCAGAUGAGGUGGUCAUCUCGCGCCUCUGCUCUCAUAGACAGGCGGUUGAGAUGUGCGAUGCAGAUGAGGCUUCGGCUCCUCCGAUCCUGGCUUGCAGGGGCUUCGUCAAGUCCUUUGAGAGCUCAAAGCUUGCCCAAAUGAGCGGGGCCGCUGCAUUCUUGAGCAAGAGCAUUGAGGCAGCGGGGGCGGCAAGCGGACCCGCAGAGUCUCCUCGCAAAGGAAGUGACCUGGAAGGAGCUGCGAUCACUUCUAAUGUUGAAGGAAUGGUAGAUAAGGAGGAUCUGGAUGAGGAAGACUCAAAUGCUUUCGACAUAGAUGACUCUGAAGAGUACUCCUUUGGGGACGAGGAUGAAGGUAGAAGCGAAGGGGAAGCCAGCUCUGACUUGGAGGAAGCCAAGGAACUAGGGCCGCCAUGUCUUUACUGCAGCAGCCCAAUCUUCGCCCUGCCUCGCAAAGCCUUCGAUCCUCUUUCGCAUGUAGACUACGACGAGCUGCUAUCAGAGUCUUUCUGUGAUGCUUACGACAGGCAUGAAGACGGCGAUGAUUCGGAAGAGGACGAGCGCGAUGACACAAAGUUUGUGCUAGCGUCGGGGUUUGUGUGCCUCAGCGGCCACAUUGUUCUUGGGAUGGCUGGAUAUCCCAAGUUGGUUGCACUUGGAGUGCCGCACUCUGGAGAAGCUCUGAAGCUUCCGCGUCCGCAAGCAAUUGAGUUCCUGCUCAAGUUUUUGGUCGGGAAGCGAGGGCCGGAGUCUCCCGUGGGCAUCGUUGACGUGCUAGAAGCAAAAGUGCCAGCGAGCCUCUUGGAAGUUGUGCAAGACUUUGUCCUGACGGGGAGUCCCGGCUUUGUCGAGUGCGAGCGGUCCAUUUUCGACGCGUUUGAGGCUGUAGACCGGAAAGAGGAAGAGGCGAUGGCGUGUAGAAACAGAAGACAGGUGGUGGAUGAGGCGUUACGCGGGGCAGGUGUAGGGUACCCCUUAUGGCAGAAUCUUCCCAAAGACCUGUCAAACACUCUGAAGGCUCAUGUUGAAACAGGGAACCCAAGCCUUGCCGAGUGCAACAGUCUAAUCCUGGAAGAGCGCGAGACGAUCAAGCAAGAAGAGGAGCGGACCAGAGCUUUGGAACUCAGGAUGAAAACAAUCUCUGAGGCGUUGCGGCAAGCAGGCUUCGACUCCCAGUACCACCUGGUCCCACACCAGCAGUCGCUGAGGGCGUACAUAGACGACCCGGGUUCGAUUACUGUGGAGGAGGUCGUUGCGCAGCAAAGAGACGUGCGAGUGCAAAGCGGCAACUGUAUUGGGGUCACAGACGGCAGACUUUGUGGAAACAAGGCGGCUCUUGCCUGCUCUAACAAACGUUGCGGGAACUGCUGCCGCAAACUUGUAGAACCCUGCCGUACGGCAAAGCAUAGGAAGUCCUAGGAUAGACUCGAUUGAAACCCAAUAGGAGGUUCUACUCUGCCAGUCUUUCUCGAAGAGAGUCUUGCUUGGUUGCACUUCAUCGACCGACUUACUAGAGCAAGUCAAGU